CUCCAAGAACCACCGCUUCGUCCACUCCAUCUGCAUGUCCGCCAUGGCCGCCACCGGAGCAGCGCUUCGCCUACGCCUCCUCUUCCGGAUGCUGCGAGCGGGGGAGCUACUCGCCCUGCUGGCGCUCCUCUCCUGGACCUCCUCGCGCGCACCGUCCGCCGCCGCCGCCGCCGCGGUGCGCGUCGCCGGUAGCCUCCUCUUCAGCCCGCGCUUCGUGUUCGUCCUCGGCAACGCCAUCGUGCUUCUUUUACUGGUGCUGUCCAAGCGUGAGCGCGACCCGUCACCGGCCUCCUCCAGCCACUCCGUCACGGGCACCUCCACCGCCGGCGUCGCCGUGGAAGUGGAACAGAUCCCCGCGGCAUCGGCCACCGCCAGCUUCCCAUUAUAUGUCGCUCCGACGAUGCCUACGCCGGAAAGCGAAGCGCCGGCGGCGAUGGAGGCUACAUGGGUGCCCGAGGUGCUCCCCUGCAGGGAGAUGGCGACGGUCUUCGAGGAGGAGAUCAAGCCGGCGGCGGCGGCGGUCCCGACGGCGCGCGCCGUCGUCAGCAAGGCCCGCGCGCCGAGGCGGAGCCGGUCGGAGAAGAUGAGCGGAUCCCGGCGCGCGGCGUCCCCGGAACAGCAGCUGAUGAUGCGGCGUUCGGAGUUGGACAACGGGCGCAGGCGGUGGUCGUCGGCGUCAGCGCGGGACGUGGCGGCGGGGUGGGCCCCCGGGACUGAGGACGCGGAGGAGUUCCAGCGGAAGGUGGAGGCGUUCAUCGCGCGUCGUGGAAUGAUGGGUUGAUGACGAUCUGCUCUGCUGGGAAAUACUAUGUACAAAGUUUUCAUACAAGUUAAUUUUUUUACUUGUGCCGAGGGGGAAAUCCCUGCCAAAUAUUUAGGUGUCCCUCUUAAUUAUGUUGGGCGUUGAGAAUAGGUACUAGAGAGAAUUCUUUAUUUGGUCCUGUCUUAAG